UGCUCUCUGUCUCACUCGGGUCCACUGUGCGGGCGGAAUGGCAGGCUGGGGACUCUUCUUCGUGUCUCUGCUCAACUACAAGACAGAGAAAUAUGUCAUCGCCGAAAACAGGAAAAUCGGGAUAUUAUUUAGACUCUAUCAGCUGGCCGUACUGGGAUACAUAAUCGGGUGGGUGUUUGCGGUGAGGAAAGGUUACCAGGAGAGAGAAGAGGCCGUCCAGACUUCAGUCAUCACCAAGCUUAAAGGUGUUACACUGACCAACAGCUCCCAGACAGGGCUUCACCUGUGGAGUGCUGAGGAUUACGUCAUACCGCCGAAUGGUGAGCAGGUGUUCUUCAUAGUAACAAAUUACAUAGAGACACCCAACCAGAGGCUGGGGUUCUGCGCUGAGAGUUUCAAAGUGCCAAAUGGACGAUGUCAAAGUGAUGAUGACUGCGUUGAGGGGGAGGCUGUAAUAGCUGGCCAUGGAAUAAAGACCGGGUUGUGCUUAAACAGCACUGGGACCUGUGAGAUUCACGCCUGGUGUCCUGUUGAACACAGCAAGAGACCCAGAGAGCCCCUACUGAGCGAAGCAGAAAACUUCACCAUCUACAUCAAAAAUUUCAUCAGGUUUCCAAAGUUUGAAUUCUCCAAGUCCAACGUCCUUGAAACCUCUGACGAAAGCUACCUGAAAGGAUGCUCCUUCGACAGAGAGAGCCACCUGUACUGCCCCAUCUUCCGCCUCGGAGAUCUGGUCAGCUGGACUGGACAUGACUUCCAGGACAUGGCCUCUAUGGGUGGAUCUGUUGGUAUUCUUAUUGAGUGGAACUGUGACCUGGAUAAGGACUCUUCACGGUGUAAUCCAGAGUACAGCUUUACACGCUUAGAUAUAAAUUUAAACAACUCGGUCACAUCAGGAUACAACUUCAGAUAUGCCAGAUAUUUCAAGGAUCAAAAUGGUGAAACCUUUCGCACUUUGUAUAAAGUGUAUGGGAUUCGCUUCGAUAUAAUGAUCAACGGCCAGGCUGGGAAAUUCAAUAUUGUUCCCACAAUAAUUGCCAUUGGUUCGGGUGUUGCCCUGCUGGGUGCAGGAGCCUUUGCAUGUGAUAUGAUACUACUGUACAUGAUGAACACAAGCUCCUUCUACCGAGAUAAGAAGUUUGAAAUCAUCAACUUUAAGAAAGACCGGACCAAACCCAAGGACGGGAGGACAGGACACCGGGAAAAGAGAUCUAGGAAACCGGCUGCAGACAAAGAAGCUGGCAACUCCACUAAUAAGCCAGAGGAAACUGAUGCCACCUUAGAGAGCCAGCUGCCUGAGGACAAACGGGGUCCCACCGUUCCACGCAACACAGGACAGCGAUAUUCUGCCAUUCUCUCUUCCCAAGGAGCAGAGCCGAAGCAUCACAUCACCUUCUCUUCGCACAAUUAAGUUUGCAGGCAGAGCAAGGCAAAUCACCUGCAGUGGUCUGCAAGAGGUGGAACCAAAAAGCCGGACUGACGUCUACUUCUCACCUACUGGCAAGACUGCUGGCAUGCCACUAACUUAAAUGAUGCUUGUCCUGACUAAAGAUAUGUCGGUCCAGAGAAAUGUUAAUGUGUGCAAGUGGGCCAGGACACUGAUGUAGAAAUACACAGAAAGAUGUUUUUCAGAGGCUGGGUCAGGGUCCAAAGCUUGGAUGUUGGAGAUUACAACAGGUCCAUAAAUGGUGAUAUGCAAAAGUACUGUGGUACUGAUACUAUUAGCUGAGUGACAUAAAAUGAUUAAUCUAAGACUUUGAGUGUAUUGCCAAAUAUUUGCUAAUAACUGCUUUACAAAUGGAAAUUGUAAUUUUGUUUCAUGUCAUACAAUCAAUACGAAUAGCUUUUUUGGCUGUUGAUCAGACUAAUUAAGCAUUAUUUCCAGUUUGAGUGAUAUAUGAUGGGCCUUAGUUUCUAUUUUUGCCAUUUAUGGACUAAGUUAUAAAAAUCACAGCAAAAAUACAUGAGAGGAAUCAUGGACCUCAAAUGCAGGAUUAAGUAAAAUAGACAUUGUAGACUGACCGUAAAAUUAUUUCUGCUUAAUCAGUUUGCAAAAUACCUUCUAAAGAGAAAAUGUUUUGGACACUUGGACGCAACAUGUAAGAAAAUGUGUGACCUGUCUUAAUUGUUAUUUCAGUCGGAUGUCUCAUGUGCCCGUGUUGUGACAGGAAUUUGAGGGAUGUGUUUCCUGCUGUAUGUUGAUAUCGGCCAUUGAAUGGCAACUACACAAUCUUAGUCAUGACAGAAUUCACUGAAGCUGUGGAAAGCAGCCAUGAUGGGCUUCAAGUCUACUGUGAGUGUACAGGUUCACUGCUGAUGCACUGGCUGAUUGUUAAUGAAUGGUGCAAGUAAUUGGAAGAAUGUGGACUCCUUCUCGUUUGUUCUUCCCGUUACUAUUUAUAGAAAGGUCUUUAUGGUUGGACACAAAUGUAUUUGUCAUGUUUAUUUGAUGUCACUGCCUGAAAGACAAACCGAUGAAUAAUGUAUACAAACAAGUUGUACAGAGGUAUUUAUUUAGUAAUCAGAUUUGUUAUAAUUUAAUCAUAGUAUUGUACAUGAAAUGCAAUGCAAAGUGCUUACACCUUGUUAGGAAGUAAUCCGUUUUGAUCUGUUACACUACAACCUACGUUAUCAUAACCAUGGCUCUCAUCCUGAGCGCAGAGCAGGAGUUACAGGUUGAAUAAAGUCAUUACUAAAUGUGGAGCAGAAAGGAUAAGAGAACAAUUUAUUCUGCAUACUAUAAUUAUUGACACAUCCUCUGUUUAAUCAACAGUUCAUAAUGGAAUAAGUCCUUUACUAAUGGCUUAUCUACAAACAGCAGGGCAGACAAUAUUAUUAGUUUACGUAGCAUUAGAUAGGACUAAUUUGGGGUUAUUUUGUGUCAGUUCAUUCUAGUACACAUGCACCAUUCCAUAGAGGAAAGUCCAGAACAGGACAUAAGUGAAAAGACCUCCGACAAGGCCCCCGGUGAAGAGCAGCCGCCGCGAUUUGAAGCAUUUGUUCCAUCGACGUCCGGCCUUGAGAAUGAGCAGCAGAGAGAGGAGAAAAGAGGCGAGGAAAUAAAAAAUGAAGCCAUACAGUCCAGUCAGCCCGAGGAUGCCAGCGGUUGCGCCGGACAGAGCGGAGACAGAGGUGCGGCAGUAGUCCAGCACGGCGGCGUUUCCUCUCACAGCUACUUCGCUGAUGAACUGCGGUCCCUCACGCUUGGCUAAAAUUCCUGCCAUCCUGCUCUGGUCAGCUAUUACAGGAAAGUCCUCC